CCCAUUAUUACACCCACUGUUCUCAAUUCGCCAAAUUUCCUUUCCUUCUCUCUGUAGAAGCAAAGCAUCGAAGAAAGCUGCGAAAUUCAAAAGUUUGAGAAAGAGAGGGCGGGUGAGCUCUCUAUCCCAAUCACAUCCUCUCACUCUGAAAACCCUAAAUCCUGAAGAACAUAAAAGAUGGACGACUACACGAGGGAGAUGAUGGACCUCAAGACUCUGGUCACUCGCACCCUUGAGAAGAAGGGCGUUCUGGCCAAGAUCCGGGCUGAGUUGAGAGCAAGUGUGUUUGAGGCAAUUGAAGAGGAGGACAAGGUCAUCGAGAAAGAAGAAGGCUUGCCUCCGGCAUUGCUUGGUAGCUGCAACGAUCGUGCUAAACAGCUCCAUGCUUCCCCUUCAGGAAGGUUGCUUACAGCACUAGUAUGCGAAUACUUAGACUGGGCGCAACUAAACCAUACGCUAAAAGUGUAUCAGCCUGAGUGUAAUUUGCAAAAGGAUUCUUGGAAAGCUGAGUUGAAGGACUUUAGUAGCAAGAAUGGAUAUGAUCUUAACCGAAAUGGGGAUAGUGGUCCUUUGCUUUUGGACGUGCUUGAAGGAUUUUUGAAAUUUGAGAAUUUAUCUCAAGCAAGGGGUACUGGAAGGAGGCUAGCUACUUCAGAAACAGAGUCCUUAUCCAAUUUAGACUCUCGCAACAUGCGAAGACCUUCUUCAUCAUCUGUUGCUGGAGGGCUGCCUCCACUAGGAAGGCCUGGUGCGUCUUCCCAGUCAUCUGAUCGAAGAGGUGGGUCGUCCAUGUCUAGCUACAGGAAAGAUGACUACAAUUGGAGAUAUGAUAGUGAUGAAAGUCCAGAGGAUGUCAUUCGAGCUUCAAGUGCCAUGGAAAACCUUCAAUUGGAUAGAAAAGCUCGCAAUCUAACCACAUCGUGGCGGCAUGCAGGCGAUGGAAUUAGCGAGGAUGAGGGCAGGUCUGAUCAGAUGUAGGCCGAACAACGACAACCUUUGUAUAACUGCACGUGUAUUUGAUUUGUAUUUUAUAUGUUUAAUCCUUCAAUCAUAGUGAUGUUAUGUAAGAUUAUUACUGUAUUCCGAUUUGAUCUAGUGCUUUGUUCGAGUGUUUAUUUCGUGAUGUAAUUUCCUUUUUGACCCUUUUUUGAAAUCUAUAAAUUAGUAACUGCAUCUUUGCUUGCAAA